UUCUUCCAGGGAGAGGAUAGUGGUUAAAGCUCGAGCUGGAUGGAUGGGUAUGGGGAGAGGGGCAGGAUCCACAGCCCUGGGACUUUUCCAAAUCCUCCCUGUCUUUCUCUGCAUCUUCCCUUCAGUGACGUCUCCAUGCAAGAUCCUCAAGUGCAACUCUGAGUUCUGGGCGGCCACGUCGGGCUCCCACCACCUGGGCGCGGAGGAGGCGCCCGAGUUCUGCACGGCGCUGCGUGCCUACGCGCACUGCACCCGCCGCACCGCCCGCACCUGCAGGGGCGACCUGGCCUACCACUCUGCCGUGCAUGGCAUAGAGGAUCUCAUGGGGCAACACAACUGCUCCAAGGAUGGCCCCACCUCCCAGCCCCGCCUGCGGACGUUGCCCCCCGGGGACAGCCAGGAGCGCUCCGACAGCCCCGAAAUCUGCCACUACGAGAAGAGCUUUCACAAACACUCGGCCGCCCCCAACUACACCCACUGUGGGCUCUUUGGAGACCCUCACCUCAGGACUUUCACAGACACUUUCCAAACCUGCAGGGUGCAAGGGGCUUGGCCGCUCAUAGACAAUAACUACCUGAAUGUCCAAGUCACCAACACGCCGGUGCUUCCUGGCUCCACAGCUACCGCCACCAGCAAGCUCACCAUCAUCUUCAAGAGCUUCCAGGAGUGUGUGGACCAGAAAGUAUACCAAGCAGAGAUGGACGAGCUCCCCGCUGCCUUUGCUGACGGCUCCAAGAAUGGUGGGGACAAGCACGGAGCCAACAGCCUGAAGAUCACUGAGAAGGUGUCAGGCCAACACAUUGAGAUUCAGGCAAAGUACAUUGGCACCACCAUCGUGGUGAGGCAGGUGGGCCGGUACCUCACCUUUGCCGUGCGCAUGCCAGAGGAGGUGGUCAAUGCCGUAGAGGACCGGGACAGUCAGGGCCUCUACCUGUGCCUCCGUGGUUGUCCACUCAACCAACAGAUUGACUUCCAGACCGUCCGCUCAGCUCAGGCCACAGAGGGUCGUGCUCGUAGGAAGGGGCCCAGCCUGCCAGCCCCUCCUGAGGCCUUCACGUAUGAAACAGCCACAGCCAAGUGCAGGGAAAAGCUGCCCGUGGAGGACCUCUACUUUCAGUCUUGUGUCUUUGACCUCCUCACCACGGGGGAUGUCAACUUCAUGCUGGCUGCUUACUAUGCCUUUGAGGAUGUGAAGAUGCUUCACUCCAACAAAGACAAGCUGCACCUCUAUGAAAGGACAAGGGACCUGGCCCCAGGCAACAUGGCUCCCUCGGGGAUCCCCUCUGCCCUCUGGGUAGCACUGCUGUGUUUGAGUCAAUGCUGGUUGUGCUUCUUAUAGAGGUUUGCUCCUUCACACCGUGGAGCACGGGGAAGGGGGAGCAGGAGGAAACCAGGGAUGAGCUGGCAGUGCUGUACUAUGGGAGGUUGGAUAUCAGAGCCA